UUCUGUUCUCCUGUGAGACCCAGUUCUGUUCUCCCUGUGAGACCCAGUUCUGUUCUCCCUGUGAGACCCAGUUCUGUUCUCCCUGUGAGACCCAGUUCUGUUCUCCCUGUGAGACCCAGUUCUGUUCUCCCUUUCUGUUCUCCUGUGAGACCCAGUUCUGUUCUCCCUGUGUGGCCCAGUUCUGUUCUCCCUGUGAGACCCAGUUCUGUUCUCCCUGUGAGACCCAGUUCUGUUCUCCCUGUGAGACCCAGUUCGUUCUGUUCUCCUGUGUGACCCAGUUCUGUUCUCCCUGUGAGUUCUGUUCUCCCUGUGAGACCCAGUUCUGUUCUCCCUGUGAGACCCAGUUCUGUCUCCCUUUCUGUUCUCCCUGUGAGACCCAGUUCUGUUCUCCCUGUGAGACCCAGUUCUGUUCUCCUGUGGCCCAGUUCUGUUCUCCCUGUGAGACCCAGUUCUGUUCUCCCUUUCUCCCUGUGAGACCCAGUUCUGUUCUCCCUGUGAGACCCAGUUCUGCUCCCUGUGAGACCCAGUUCUGUUCUCCCUGUGAGACCCAGUUCUGUUCUCCCUGUGAGUUCUGUUCUCCUGAGACCCAGUUCUGUUCUCCCUGUGAGACCCAGUUCUGUUCUCCCUUUCUGUUCUCCUGUGAGACCCAGUUCUGUUCUCCUAUCCAGUUCUGUUCUCCCCGUGAGACCCAGUUCUGUUCUCCUGUGAGACCCAGUUCUGUUCUCCCUGUGAGACCCAGUCUCCACCAGUUCUGUUCUCCCUGUGAGACCCAGUUCUGUUCUCCCUGUGAGACCCAGUUCUGUUCUCCCUGUGAGACCCAGUUCUGUUCUCCUUUCUGUUCUCCCUGUGAGACCCAGUUCUGUUCUCCCUGUGAGACCCAGUUCUGUGAGACCCAGUUCUCCUGUGAGACCCAGUUCUGUUCUCCCUGUGAGACCCAGUUCUGUUUCUCCUGUGAGACCCAGUUCUGUUCUCCCU